GCUCAGUUCACCGUUACUCCUUUUGGGAACUUACACUACGGAGGGCAUCCAAGCUUAGAUAUGUCUCAGUGCCACCUUUAUAGGCUACCGAACGAGCUGCUUUUGCACUUGUUCGUGCCAUUACCGACACCCGAGCUCCUCCCCUUAACUGUAGUCUCCCAUCGUAUCUAUAAUAUCGUCCUUCGAAUAUUACACAAUCGUCUGGUCGCAGCCGCCGAACUUAACUCGCACUCUCUGCUGCUCGAGUGCUACCAUCCCACCGCCAAACUCACAGAACCUCCAUAUUUCUGCGCAUAUCUGGGAACCGAUGGCCUGUCGCUGUACGAGAACCCCUCUGAACCUGAUCGAGCCAUUACCGCACGGUUAGGUGAAAUGCGCAAUAUGUACUCACGCUUUCGACCAUUUCGACGCGAGCUCGAGGAUGGCGGCCGCAGAGUCGUCCGCCGGCCUGGAGACAUACCUGGUAGCCGCACAUAUCCUGGGACCGCCCAAGACAAGUUCAAAGGCGAGCUUGUCAAGCAGACCCUCAGUCUCGACGCAAACGAGCUGUUCACGCAGCUUGUCUCUCAGACGAACCUAGUCAAGAUUGGUCCCUACAAUGGUUUCUUCAGCGCCUUCGUUGACGUUGAAGAAGGGGUGAUAAGGGUCUGGAGGAAAUGGCUGAGCAGCGCUGUCGCCAGGGGUAACACGCCUGGUGCCCACAUGCGAAAAGACGGGACUGAAGAGAUGGGGAAAGAAGGAGGAUUUGCGUGCGAGAGCCUCGAAGAGAAGACGGAUAUUGACGACCAGCGCUUACUGUGGGUCAGCGCAGCGAAGAACACAGGGAUACGUUUCAAAGUGAAGGAACGCAAACUGCGGCGAGAUGCUCCUAUCCUUAUCCGGAAUGACGAAGACGUGCCAGUUAGCUACGACAUCGAAUAUGACGAGCUUCUGAUCCGAACAUCGCACCUCCUGCUCAUGCUCGAGAAAUCUAUGGUGCAAGAAGACAACUCGAGUGGCAAAGCCGUCGUAUUCGGAUCUUUUGGAUAGCUUGAUAUUCUUCAAGCAGCACAUGACAACACAACCAAUCAAGGAGUGAUCUGCAUUGGGACUGCAGAGGACGGCAUUGAGUCCAGCAAAAACAUCACCGUCAUGUAGAGGCGCAACAUGGAGGACGGAGAGCAAAAAGAGAAUGACCCGAAGGCGAUUUGAACGCCUAACCUUCAGGAGACACCUUAACUGGAAUCUGACGCGCUACCAUUGCGCCAUCGGGCCGGGUAAACCGUGUCAUUCGAUUUGAUGAAGAUUUGUGGAAAAGGCCGUAUAAUAUACCAGACGUAAUUGCUACAACAGCACAAGACCAUUAAAGACAUGUUUUAGACAAUUUAACAACUUAAGGACCUGAAA